UUCAUUGUUAGACUGGAGUAAAUAAUUUCAUUUGCAGUUCAGUUUUUGCGAUUAUAGCAGAAAAUUCAGUGCAAAAUGACGAAAGAAAAACGUAAAGCCGAAGAUGAUGGUAAACAUGAUAAAGGAAUUACAGGAGUUGGCGGCAAUGACCCGGUCGGACCGAUCGUUCGGAAGGGAGCGUUGAUGUCAUUCCGCACCAAAAAGUUGAUAGAAAUUCCAACUAAAGAUGUCUUCGGCAGAUGCCGGUAUGUUUCGGCUUUCCAGAAAUGUAACCGAGUCGGUGAAGGAACUUACGGAAUCGUUUUUCGUGCUAGGGAUACGAAGUGUAAUGAGAUUGUAGCGCUCAAAAAGGUACGAAUCGACCAGGAAAUGUUCAAAGAUGGAUUCCCUGUGAGUGGAUUGCGCGAGAUUCAAAUUUUGAAAAAUUGUAAUCACGAAAAUGUGGUCAAACUUAAGGAAGUUGUUGUAGGCAACAGUUUGGAAAGCAUAUUUCUGGUAAUGGAAUUUUGCGAGCAGGAUUUGGCUUCUCUCUUGGAUAACAUGGAGACGCCUUUUUCCGAGUCUCAAGUCAAAUGCAUUGUCAUUCAGCUGCUGAAAGGACUCAAGUACCUCCAUGCAAACUACAUUAUCCAUAGAGAUUUAAAAGUUUCAAAUUUACUACUAACAGACAAAGGCUGUUUGAAGAUUGCAGACUUUGGUUUGGCUCGGUAUAUGAGCGAUUCAGAUAAACCAAUGACUCCUGGUUUGGUAACUCUUUGGUAUCGUCCUCCUGAGCUACUGUUUGGAUCGAAGGUACAAACAACUGCAGUAGACAUGUGGGCAACCGGAUGCAUUUUGGGAGAAUUACUUGCUCAUAAGCCUCUCAUGCCUGGACUAAGCGAAAUUUCUCAGAUUGAGCUCAUAAUUGAUUUGCUGGGAACUCCUUCGGAAACCAUUUGGCCCGACUUUUCAUCUCUACCAGCUGUUCAGAAUUUUACACUCAAAUCUCAGCCGUACAACAAUCUUAAACCGAAGUUUGCCUGGCUUUCUUCAGCUGGACUUCGGUUGCUCAAUUUUCUAUUCAUGUACGACCCGAAGAAGCGUGCUACAGCCGAAGAGUGUCUUCAAAGCAGUUACUUUAAGGAAGCCCCACUUCCGUGCGAUCCAAAGCUCAUGCCUACCUUUCCGCAUCAUCGGGAUUUGAAGAACAGUGCUAAAGAAACGACAGAAGUUCAACCAUCGUCAUCUGCCAAGACAACAUUCGACCAGGCCACAAUGCCAACCAUUUCGGAUCUAUUGGGUUCGUUGGUGAAGAAGCGAAGAGCAGAAUGAACAUGGUAGAUAAUUAUCCUGGGAUAAGGGCUUGCUUUAUUGUUUUGAUGGAAGCUCUUAGCAUCAGUAAGGAAGAGUCAGGGAAAAUGAAAAACUUUAUUCACUAUUUGUGUGCUUUAUUCUAAAUAAUAAAAACUAAACAC